AUGGACGUGAGUCCAGUUUCAGGAGCUUAUGGAGAGAUAGAUCAUUCUCUUUUCUUGUCUGAAAGCUUUGAAAGUUUGUUUAAUAAGCCAGAGUUCAGUGAUGUUACUUUAAUAAUUGACGAGGAACGAUUUGAAGUUCACAAAAUAGUUUUAGCGGCGAGGAGUGAAUACUUCAGAGCUCUGUUCUAUGGUGGAAUGAAAGAGAGUGAAUAUCAAUCCAUCACUAUAAAUGAGAAAAAUAAAGCAGCGUUCCGUUUGUUAAUGAAAUACAUAUACUGUGGUAGAUUAACUUUGGAAGGUCAUAAAGAAGAUAUGGUUCUGGAUGUUUUGGCGUUAGCUCACAAAUAUGGAUUUCCCAAGUUGCAGUGCUCAAUAUCAGACUACUUGAAGGCUGUAUUGAACACGAGGAAUUUAUGUAACAUAUUCAACAUUUCGCUUCUCUUUUCUUUGAAGGAUCUCACCGAGUACUGUUUAGUUUUCGCAGAUCGUAAUGCUUCUGAAAUAGUCACAACAGACGGGUUUUCUCAACUUUCCCUUGGAGCAGUAACCCAACUCAUAUCUCGAGAUUCUUUCUGUGCUCCUGAAAUAGAAAUUUUCAACGCCAUCCGAGAAUGGAUACGUUAUGAUUUUUCCGCGAGGGAUUCAUCGUCACAAACAUUGAUGAAGUGUCUGCGGUUGCCUCUUAUAGGACAGUCUGAUCUUUUAAAUGUUGUUCGACCUUCCAAUUUGUUAGAUCCGGACACCUUAUUAGAUGCUAUUGAAGAGCAAACAAAAAAGAGAACAACUGAUUUAAUGCACAGAGGGUUCAUGACUCCUGACGUCAAUGUUGCCACAGCUCAACUACGAGCAACUGUUAUAUAUGGUGAAAGUCCUAACAAUCUCUUAUCAGGCGGUGAACCGCCAGCAGGGAACAUGUAUGAAACAGAUUUGUUUCUCACUAGGCACUCUAUUGGAGACGAAAAAGGUGUGACAAUUCAGUUGGGGAACCCCUAUAUCAUUAACACGUUGCGUUUCAAUUUUCCUGAUAGAGAUUCUAGAAUGUACAGUUAUGUUAUAUAUGUAAGCAUGGAUUGCAAAGAUUGGGUUCGUGUUGUCGAUUAUUCAAAGUAUUUGUGUCGUGCUAGACAGAUAAUCCAUUUCUGUCCUCGUGUAGUGAGAUUCAUAAGAAUAGUUGGAACACACAAUUCCGAGAGUCGUGUCGUUCAUUUGUACUCUUUCGAAGCUUGUUACCUUCACGACAUCCCGCUUAUUGACGAAAGCAAUGGUGUGAUAGUACCAAGCACAAAUGUUGCCACAAUAGAAAAUUUCGCAACUGUCGUAGAAGGAGUUGCUAGAUGUAGGAACUGUUUGCUGAACGGAGAAGUUUCUGGAUAUGACUGGGAUACUGGAUAUACAUGUCAUCAACUCGAAAGUGGCUCAAUCACAAUACAACUCAAUCAGCCGUAUAAAAUCAGCUCAAUGCGAAUGUUAUUGUGGGAUUGUGAUGAUCGAUAUUACUCAUAUUACAUCGAGGUUUCUACAAAUAGGGAGAAUUGGAUAAGAAUUGCUGAUAGGACUAAAUUGCAAUGCAGAAGUUGGCAAAUGAUAGAGUUUGAUCCACAAAUUGUGGUUUUUAUCAAAAUAGUGGGUGUUUACAACUCUGCGAAUGAGGUUUUCCAUUGUGUACAUUUUGAAUGUCCUGGUGACAAAAACGCUACGGAGGUUGGGAGUCGGUCGGUACUCAGCAGUCCUCCUCAUCUAGUUAACUAUAUUAACUAUAUACCAUGA